GCCUCUUACUCUUAGUUGGCGCUAAUUCCUCCUCUCUGCAACAACACAACAUGUCCUCCUUUCUUCUCUUCCUCCUCUUUCGGAUCUAUCCAUUAGACUCAUUCUUUCUUUUCACAAGAGAAGAAAAAAAGAAAAGAAAAACUAACACUCUCUUAUUCCUUUCCUUUCCAUUUCUAUCUUUCUUUCUUUUUCUUUUUUUCUUUUUCUCUUUCUCACUUUCUUUCUUUCUUUCAAGAACCAAAAAAAGUCAUUCAAGAUUCUUGAACUACAAACAACAGACUUUCAAGAUUCCUACAUCAAUGGAGGAUGACAGGAUUGAAGAAGAAGACAGAGAAGCAUUGGCAGGACUAACUACUGUCCCACCACCUAACCGUAAAGUAUCUUACAGCCACCAGCUCCGUUCCAGCUCUGGAGGUGGUGGCCAAAAAAGACACAAUCAGAUAAGAAAACACAGCCUUGAUAAUAUCUCACCUCCUGCAACCACUGCUUCUGAGCGUUAUGUUGACUCUUCCGACGAUGAUUUUUUCCCAUAUUCAUGCACCUCCAUUAACUCUUCUUCUUCUGGUGGUGGUGGGGGUGGUGGUGGUGAUGUUGAAGAGCAUCUCCAGCCGAGGCUCGACAUGAGCCUCAGCGUGGAGGGUCCCCCUGAUCGCGAGGACGUCCCGCACAUCCAACCAUUGCCAGAAUUCGUUGCAAGUGGGGGAACAGGAAUUUUCAAAGCUCCAAUCCGUGCAGCUGUUCAUCCUGGGAGGCCGCCUUGUUUGGAGCUUAGACCACAUCCUCUUAGAGAAACUCAGGUUGGUAAAUUCUUGAGAAACAUUGCUUGUACUGAGACACAGUUGUGGGCUGGUCAGGAAUGUGGUAUCAGGUUUUGGAAGUUUGAUGAUGCCUAUGGGGCAGGGUAUGGUUUAGGAGGAAGAGUGAGGAGGGGUGAUGAGGAUGCUGCUCCUUUUUAUGAGUCUGUAAAUACUUCUCCUACUAUGUGCUUGAUGGUUGAUAGUGGGAAUAGGUUGGUUUGGAGUGGACAUAAGGAUGGAAAGAUUAAGUCUUGGAAAAUGGAUCAUUCUUUGGAUGAUUUUAAUUCUCCUUUUAAGGAAGGCUUAUCUUGGCAGGCUCAUAAAGGUCCUGUUCUUUCUAUUGUAAUGAGUUCUUAUGGUGAUCUCUGGUCUGGUGGUGAGGGAGGUACCAUUAAGAUCUGGCCAUGGGAGACCAUUGAAAAAUCUCUCUCCCUUUCGCCAGAGGAAAAACACAUGGCUGCUCUAUUGGUAGAGAGAUCACACAUUGACCUCAGGAGUCAAGUCACUGUAAAUGGUGCCUGUAGUAUUUCCUCUUCAGAUAUCAAGUGCUUGUUAUCUGAUAAAGUCAGAGCUAAAGUUUGGUGUGCUCAGUCUUUUUUCUUCUCCCUAUGGGAUGCUCAUACAAAGGAGCUCCUGAGAGUAUUCAAUAUUGAUGGUCAAACCGAAAAUCGAGUUGAUCUGUCAUCGGCACAAUCACAAGAACAGCCAGUUGAAGAUGAAAUGAAGGUAAAAUUUGUUUCAACGUCUAAGAAGGAGAAAUCACAGGGCUUUUUACAACGUUCGCGAAAUGCAAUAUUGGGUGCUGCAGAUGCUGUUCGUCGAGUUGCCACUAGAGGUGCAGGGGCUUUUGUAGAAGAGACAAAGAGAACGGAAGCAUUGGUGCUAACUGUGGAUGGAAUGAUAUGGAGUGGAUGUUCAAACGGCCUCCUGAUACAAUGGGAUGGGAAUGGAAAUCGUUUACAAGAUUUAACGCACCAUUCUUCUACCGUUCAAUGUUUCUGUACUUUUGGGACACGAAUAUAUGUAGGAUAUGUGAGUGGGAUUGUCCAGGUAUUGGAUCUUGAAGGAAAUCUUGUUGCAGUAUGGGUUUCUCACAGUAAUCCUGUGCUGAAAUUGGCAGUUGGAAAUGGUUAUAUUUUUAGCUUGGCUACUCAUGGGGGUAUACGUGGAUGGAAUCUCACAUCUCCAGGACCUAUUGACAGUAUAAUACGAUCAGAAUUGGCAGAUAAGGAACUAGCAUAUACAAGGCGAGACUGUUUCAGGAUUUUAGUUGGCACAUGGAAUGUUGGUCAAGGAAGAGCAUCUCAGGAUGCACUUAUGUCAUGGUUAGGCUCUACUGCUUCAGAUGUUGGCAUUGUUGUUGUUGGGUUGCAAGAGGUAGAGAUGGGUGCUGGUUUUCUUGCAAUGUCUGCUGCCAAAGAAACUGUAGGACUUGAAGGAAGCUCUGUUGGGCAGUGGUGGCUGGACAAUAUAGGGAAGGCAUUAGAUGAAGGAACAACUUUUGAACGGAUGGGUUCUAGGCAGCUGGCAGGCUUGCUUAUAUCUCUUUGGGUAAGGAAGAAUCUUAGAGCACAUGUUGGGGAUGUUGAUGCUGGAGCAGUUCCAUGUGGUUUUGGACGUGCAAUUGGUAAUAAGGGAGGUGUAGGCUUGAGGAUUAGGGUACUUGACAGGAUAAUUUGCUUUGUGAACUGUCACUUGGCUGCACAUUUGGAAGCAGUCAAUCGCCGGAAUGCUGACUUUGAUCACAUUUUCAAAUCAAUGGUCUUCAGCCGGUCAUCACAUAUUACAGCAGCUGGUAUGGUGCGACUCUUGUUUUUGUGUUGCUCUCUUGCCUUCUCAACAUAUUUAUUUUGGCUGCUUUAUAUUUCUGGCUUGCCAUUGGUCCUAUCUAUUGCAGCUGGAGUCUCAACAGCCAACCAAACGCUUAAGGGCACAAAUGCUGUGAGUGCCAACACUGAGGACUCGAAGCCUGAAUUAUCGGAGGCAGAUAUGGUAGUGUUUCUUGGUGAUUUUAACUACCGGCUUUUUGGCAUAUCUUAUGAUGAAGCAAGGGACUUUGUUUCACAAAGAAGCUUUGAUUGGCUUAGAGAAAAGGAUCAGCUCAGAGCAGAAAUGAAAGCAGGAAAAGUUUUCCAAGGAAUGCGUGAGGCUCUUAUUAGAUUCCCUCCUACUUACAAGUUUGAAAGAAACCAACCAGGUUUAGGAGGAUAUGAUUCUGGGGAGAAGAAGCGUAUUCCUGCUUGGUGCGAUAGAAUAAUAUAUCGUGACAAUCGGGUGGCUUUAGUGUCCGAUUGCAGCUUAGAAUGCCCUAUAGUCUCAUCAAUUGUACAGUAUGAGGCAUGUAUGGAUGUUAUAGAGAGUGAUCACAAACCUGUUCGUUGUAAAUUCAAUAUCCAGAUUGCCCAUGUCGACAGAUCAGUGAGGAGAGAAGAGUUUGGUGAAAUUAUCAGGACCAAUGAGAAAGUGAAGUCUUUACUUGAAGAAUCACAUUAUGUUCCAGAAACCAUUGUAAGCACCAACAACAUUGUCCUACAGAACCAGGACACAUCCAUAGUGCGCAUUACCAACAGGUGCAUGAAGGAGAAAGCUAUAUUUCAAGUUAUCUGUGAAGGUCAAUCCACUGUCAAAGAUGAUGGAGAAAGUGCUGAUUAUCGUCCAAGAGGUUGCCAUGGCUUUCCACGAUGGCUUGAGGUGACACCAGCUGCUGGCAUAAUUAAACCAGAUCAAUUUGCAGAAGUAUCAGUACACCAUGAAGAAUUCCACACCUUAGAAGAUUUUGUUGAUGGCAUCCCACAGAACUGGUGGUGUGAAGACACACGUGAUAAGGAAGUAAUAUUAGUUGUGAUUGUGCAAGGCAGUAGCUCAACAGAAAUGAAAAGUCACAAAAUCCGCGUCCGCCAUUGCUUCUCAGCUAAGGCAGUGCGCAUCGAGUCGAAACUGAACACUUCCAGGAAAAACCAAGCAGGUUCAGGUAACCGUUCUGAACUUAGGCAGCAAUUAAGCAGCUCAUCUGAAACUGCUGAUGAAUUUCGAAAUUCACGUAAAUCCUGAAGGAUUAUAAGUAGAAAGCUGAUACAGAUGCAUCAUCACUAGAGGCAGUACUUAGGAAACUCAAUCUGGUGCUACAGUCUUGAUGUAAAUAUUCAUGGUGCAUGAUCUCCCUUCCAUUUGCUUCUGGAUAGGUUCAUCUUGUUCACCAUGGUUCAUAUGUAUUUAUCACCACCCACAAAUUCUUAGACUUGACUUCUUUUCCAUUUUUUUUUUUGUUUUCCCACUCAAGAUCUGUAGCUGAAGUUAAUUGUAUGAUUCUUGGCCAAAUGGUUUUUGGAAAGAUUGCAGUUCAGUUCUUCAAAUUCCAAUUUUCCUUUUCCCCUCACUAACUUGUAUUCAAUCAAACACUUGAGCUUUCUACAGAACUAAAUUAGAACUGUUCCUUUCUCUUGUAAAGUUGAAGCUAUUUUACUAUUCUUAA